AUGCAACGUAUCCGAACAACAUUUAAAAGGUCCCGGACCCCCACAGCCUACGAAAUGAAGACGCAAAGCAGCCUGGAGGUGCCGAAGCAGGUGCGAUCCGCCUCCUUCGACGAGAUCCAAUUGGAGGCGAAGCGCCUGCAGUCGGACAAGCAGCCGCCCGACCAAAACACCUUGCUCAAUAUACCGCAAUACCCGGGCCAGAGGUCGCGCAGCGUCGAUUCGGGCGGCAGCGAGGAAUCCGGCAACUACCUGGAGGUGCCGUCGAGGAAGUUCCAUCGCAGGCGAUCGUCGGGCAGCAGGAGCCCCGUGUGCGUGCACUGCGUCUGCUUGGAGGAGUACAACAGGAGGCGCAGCGAGAGCAACAGCAGCCAGGACGAGAAGGACAAAGACGAGAUCCCCGCGUCGGCCUUCAGCAUGAGCGAAUCGUCCAGCGAGUGCGAGGAGGAGUUGCUGACGAAUUGCGUGAUUAAAGUCACGCUGUCGCCGGAAGUGCCGGCGGAGCCGCUGCAAUCGCCGCCUCCGGUGCCGGUGUCGCCGACGCAAUGCAGACGCAAGUCCAUUCACCGGCAGGAGGCCUUCUUCGGGGAGCCUUCGGGCGAUUCGUUGGAGAGCAUCUCCGACGGACCGUCCGAAGCAUUCUCCUCCGACGGGGCCGUCUCCGAUAAAACUCCUGCGGGCCUCAUCGUCAAGGACAUUUACCUCCAAGUACCGGACUUGAAGAGAGAUCGAGCCGCCUCCGUGGAUUCCUGUUUCUCCAAAGUAUCGCAAGUUAAGACUGAAGAACUGGAACACUCCGGCGUCAGCCUGGAGGUUCCCGUCGGACCAAACGUUGCUCUUAGAUCUAGAUCUGUCGAUAUCGUCUUGCCUACGGAUAAGCAAGCUAGGUAUAAGGCUUUGGCGAUGGCGGCCCCUUCUCAUUCGGAAUACGGGAAAAUAUCUGACGAUGGAGAACGGGAUUUAAGGAACACCCCCGAUUGGGGUGAGACCGCCAUCAACGAAGAUCAUCUGUGGGUUCAAACGUCUGUUUCCGGAGAUUUUUGCUACGUGGGAGAUCCGGAUUGUACGAAACACGGCUCUCGUAUGAAGUGCUCCGCUUGCAAUAUAAUUGUCCACAAGUAUUGCAUCAAAGUGCUAGUCGACAAGGUGAAGUUUUCUUGCAAACCGACGUUCAGGGACGUGGGCGUCCGCCAAUACAGGGAACAAACCACCGUUCAACACCAUUGGGUCCAUCGGCGCAGCGAAAAAGGGAAAUGCCGCAAAUGCGGAAAAUCGUUCCAAUCGAAACUAUCCUUCAGCUCGAAGGAAAUCGUGGCAAUCAGUUGUUCCUGGUGCAAGACCGCCUAUCACAAUAAAGAAACGUGCUUCGACAUCAGACGAAUCGGCGAAGAAUGCAGCUUGGGCGUUCACAAUAAUUGUAUAGUUCCUCCCUCGUGGAUAGUCAAAUUACCGAAAAAAGGAAGCUUCAAGUCAAGCUUGAGAAAGUCGCCUAAGAAACGAACCAGCCUAAAGAAAGGCAAGCAUAAGGAUAAAGAACAUCGAUUUUUCGCAAUCAAACCGAUUCCAUCCACCAACGUUUCGCCCAUCAUAGUAUUCAUCAAUCCGAAAUCGGGCGGCAACCAGGGCCUGAAGCUCCUGCAGAAGUUCCAGUGGCUGCUGAACCCGCGGCAGGUGUUCGACCUGACGCAGGGCGGGCCCCGGCUCGGCCUCGAGCUCUUCAAGAAAGUGCCCAAUUUGCGGGUGCUGGCCUGCGGCGGCGACGGCACCGUCGGCUGGGUGCUCAGCGUCAUCGAUCAAAUCGAAAUCGCGCCGGCCCCCGCCGUCGGCGUGCUGCCCCUCGGCACCGGCAACGACCUGGCGCGGGCCCUCGGCUGGGGCGGCGGCUACACGGACGAGCCGAUUUCGAAGAUCCUCUCCAACAUCAGCCACAGCGACAUCGUGAAUUUGGAUAGGUGGUCGUUGGAGGUGGAGAAGAAUUCCGCAGCGAGUGCGGGCGAAGGAGGGAAGGAAAAUCUACCGUUGAACGUCGUUAACAACUACUUUUCUUUGGGCGUCGACGCGCAUAUCGCGUUGGAAUUCCACGAAGCUCGAGAGGCUCAUCCAGAGAAGUUCAAUUCCCGAUUGAGGAACAAAAUGUUCUACGGCCAAAUGGGCGGCAAGGAUCUGCUCAAGAGGAAGUGGAAGGAUUUGGCGGAUUUCGUCACGCUAGAAUGCGACGGGCAGGAUAUCACGCCCAAGCUGAAGGAGUUGCGGGUGCACGCCAUCGUUUUCCUCAACAUUUCCAGUUACGGCGGCGGGACGCAUCCUUGGAACCGAUCGAUGGGAAAUAACGAGCCCAGCACCGACGACGCCCUCAUAGAAGUAUUAGGUUUAACGACAUAUCAACUUCCUCUGCUGCAAGCCGGAGGUCACGGCACGUGCAUCACGCAGUGCCGCUCCGCCAAGAUAGUCACCUCGAAGACGAUUCCCAUGCAGGUGGACGGGGAGGCGUGCAAGCUGGCGCCUUCCGUCAUCAAAAUGAGCCACCUGAACAAGGCGCCGAUGCUGGCGAAGAGGAAACACGGCACGGCGAUUCGCGUUCAAACGGAAUUGGACAAUCUCAAUCUCGGCGUGUUCAAGUUGACGAUGUCCGAUUACGAGCAGCACCAUUACGAUAAGGAUCUAUUAACUCAAGCAGCAAUAAAUAUUGGUAGGAUCGAAGUGAAUCCUGUGUCGGAUUUGGAGCAGGUUCGAGUUAUGAUAAACGCAAUGUUAGAGGAGAAAAAGGAGAAGCAAUUGCUGUCAACUGAUUGGUGUUUCGUGGAUUCUUGCACGGCUGAACGAUUUUUUCGCAUCGACAAGGCGCAGGAGAGCCUUCACUACGUGUUCGACAUUUGCGGUGAGAACUUGUACAUACUCGAAUGCGGCGAGGAAUCCAAUUCUUCGAUUCCCGAUGACGAAACUGCCAAUCCAUCGCCCACUUCCAACUACCAAACUACGUACAAUAUUCCCCAGAUGCGCAUCAGCAAAGAGGACGAUUUGGACUCCCCCAGCGAUCACCCGCCGCUUUCCCCGAAAAAUCCGGAUGCCGCCGAAGAUUUCCCGACGCCGGAGGAGAACCGUCGCAUAGACAAUCAUCAGCUGCAGAGGGUGUCGUCAGAUGCCAGUAUGAAAAUUAGAAGCAUCACUGAGAGAUUGUUUGGUUUGAAUCAAGAAUCGUUCAAUGCUUAUAGUUACUUAGACGAGAAACCGAACGAAAGCCUCCUCAAAGCCACGAAGAAGGGCGACCUACGAACGAUAAAAGAGUUGCACAACCAAGGCUACUCUUUGACCGCCAGCGACGCCGCCGGUCAAACCAUGCUCCAUCACGCCGCCCGAUACGGUCACAAGGACAUCGUCAAGUAUUUAGUGAGAUUCGCUCCAACGAUCAUCAACGAAAAAGAUUCCAAUUUAUCCCAAACAGCUCUGCACAAGGCAGUGGCUUACAAGUGGCACAGCGUUUGCUGCAUCCUGGUGGCAGGAGGAGCCUUGCUGGAUGUUAAAGACCACCGAGGAGUGACGCCUAGGCUGUUGGCUCUUCAGAAUAACGAUCACGAACUGGCGGCCUAUUUGGAGCGUCAAGAGCAAUUUCAGCAAGUUUCUUCUGAUCUUGGCACUGUGGUUUAA